AUGAGCUCUUUCCCAAAUCAAGGUAACUAUAAUAACUAUCCUUCAGGUGGCAGAGGAGGAUUUAAGAAUCAAAGAGGAGGAUUUGGCAGAGGACGAGGAGGAGACCAAGGUUCAGGCAGAGGAAGAGGACAUUCUGAUUAUCGACCAAGACGUGACGACAGAAAUAAGCCCCAAGGAAACCAAAAGUUAUGCAAAUUUUUCCAGCAAGGUAUAUGCAACAAGCCAAAUUGUGGAUUUGUUCACAAGUACUCAUACAAUGACAGCAUAACAGGAGUUCAGCGCUUCACAGUGAACGCUCCUAUUGCUUCGGCUGUAGUCAUUAAUGAAGAGCAGAUUGCUGUGGCUCUCGUAAAUGGUUCAAUCAAAAUCAUUAACGUCUAUACUGGCAGCCAAGUUUUGGAGUUUCCAGUGAGUGGGCAGAUCCAAAAACUCUACUACACAGCAAAUAUUGUCAUCAAUAAUAUGCCACAGAAUUUUAAUUAUUUAUUGUUUGGAGGAGUCAGCCAGGACGGGUCCCAAUUGCUAGGAGGAAUCAAUACACAAUCUGGGAACCCGGAAUUAUUUCCUCAAGGGCAUGCAGGAGGAAUUACAGAUAUUACAGAGUCAUGUGGGCUAAUUUUCACAGGCUCUUUAGAUUGUUCGGUAGGAGUUUGGUAUUAUAAUGGAACGCAAUAUAAUUUUGGGACCUUGCUCAGCUUAUUAUAGUAAAAUUUUUUAUUAUCAUAUAUUUAUUAUACAAAAUGUUUAAUUUUUAAUAAUAAAUAAAAGAGUUAAUAAGGCCCGAUCCAUCUAUAAUCAACCAGAACUUUAUCACAUCAGUAAAAGUCAUAGGAGAAACAUUAUUAGCAGCAACUAACUUAGGUUAUGUAAUUGGAUGAACAUACGAUUUCAAACAAAAUAGUGCUAGUUAUCUCGGAGUCCUAGAUCCAAUUCACAAUGGCACCGCAAAUUGUCUAAUUACUUUUGAUCGUUAUGUUUUAAGUGGCGGACAAGAUGGAAGAGUUCUAUGUUGGGAUUCUGAAAACAAUUUUUCUGGAUGGGAGUUAGCAAAUACUGGAAAAGCACGUUCAGAAAUAUCAUCUUUACUUAUUAUGUCAAACUUAAGAAAUGAGCUGCAUUUAUUAUUAGGAGACGCAAACGGGAAAAUUCACAUCUUUGCUCUUCUAGGGUAUAUAUGCUAAAAGGGCGUGGCGGAACAGCCUGCCCUCUUAUGCCUAUAGUCGGGGGGCCAGGGACCUUGCGGAAUGGAGGACAGCGUUCGUAGAUGUGUAUCCAACCAGGCUUACUUGGCCUAAAAGAGCAUAAAGCUGGUCAGUCGACUGCAAGCUAACAUUCAGGCCAGGGUCUUAUCUAGUGAGGAGAUGGAUUUUAUGGAGUUGAAAAUUGUAAGCCUAGCAAAGUCAGAAUUCACACUCAUCACGCCAAUCGGGCAAAAUCUUCAGCGUGAUGUCAGGAGUUGUGCCCUGGACUAUAAAGUUCGUUCUCGGUGUGGAAGUCUAUCAAAAAAAUUGAUUUUACAAUUUUCUGGAAAGGUAGCCCCGUUGACACGGGGCACGACCACUCAACACACACUCUAGGCAAUGAUCAAAUUCAGCUUAGAGAAUCCCAAAAUUCGGCUCUUAAGUUGUCUGUCGGAUUGGGUUAUACCCUCCGAUCGAAGUAGCAUAAUGACUAAGCACGAAGCAAGCGGAAGAACUCGCGACUCACGCUGCAACUUUGACCUUUUCAAUAGUCUUAACUUAAAGUAAACUAAGUUAAUUAAGUUAACUUCUCUUCAAGGUACAGAAGCGAAAUAUAUUUCUCCUGUCCAUUUAUGAAAAAGUUAUUUUUUAAUUUUUGAAUAAUUUAUAACACAAUUUUAGUAAAAAUUUUUAAAACCCAUUUAUUCAAGCAACGUGUCACAUCGCUUUCGUCAUAUAUAAACAACUCGCAACGUAUUAGUGGCUUUGUAAGUACUUCAAUGGAUCAAGCCGCAGCAAUCAUGCAAUGGAUUAAAUAA